AUGGCGUUAACAACACCCCUCGGACUCAUCCCCCUGGCACUGAAUACCCGACAUACAGAUUCAAUACCAGGAGCGAUGGCACUAUUACCACCCCCGAAGGUCCAACCAGCGUCCCAAAUGCCUAAACAAAAUAAGACCGCUGACGAGGACCCAAAAACCAAAUCGAAAAAGUUGCCCAGGCUUUCAAAUCACCACAAGAUCUCCAAGCGUCCACUCCUCCACCCGCCGAUCGCCUCGCCCAACAGCUCCUCCAACACCGCCCCAAAAGUAAUCUAUAUAUCCUCCUCGACGCCCUUCAUCUCCACAAUAAAACGAGUCCGAAAACUCCUCAGCGGAAUCGAAGCACGGCAAUACGCGGCUUCUAAAUCGAGCCGCCCUCGUCCUGGCAAGAACAAUAGGGAAAAUUGGAAUGCUAAAAGUAGAAAUGAUGAAUUGAGAUCUGUGAUGCAAACGGGCAAUGACCAGGCUUUUAUUCGAGGUGUGGAGAGUAGUUUGAAGGAUCGAGACGGGGAGGAGGUGAUUUUAAAAGCUACGGGGAAAGCUAUUGAGAGAUUGUUGAGUGUGGCCGCGUGGUUUAUGAGUGAAGGGGAGGGAAAGGAGUUUGCUGUUAGCAUUAGGACGGGGAGUGUGGGUGCUAUAGAUGAUGUUGUCUCGAGGAGGGAUGGGGAUGUGGAUGCAGAUAUGGAAGCAGAGGAAUUGGGUAGUAGAGUGAGACGGACGAGCUGUCUGGAGGUUGGGGUGCGGUUUCGCUGA